AUGAAGGCGUACCUGGUUGGCAACAUCGAUUUGCCGGUCAUGUUCGGCAACAGAGCCAACUUCCGCACCGAGACCCUCACAUUCGAGGUGGUGGACUGGAAGGGGGCGUACCACGCCAUCCUCGGGCGCCCCGCCUACGCUAAGUUCAUGGCGGUGCCCAACUACACCUACCUCAAGCUCAAGCUGCUGGGCCCGAACGGCGUUGUCACCGUGAGCGGCUCCUUCGAGCAAGCCUACGUCAGCAGCCGCGAGUACUUCGACCUCGAUAAAACUGCGGUGAACUCGGCUGAGCUCGGCCAGCUUCGCGCCACCACUCCUGAGUGCCGUCCUGACCCUGGCAAGCCCAGCCAGGCACCGACCUUCGUCGCAACUGAUGAGACCAAGUUGGUCAUGGUCGACGACGCCGAUCCAACCAAGACGGUGCGGGUCGGCUCCCAGCUGACGGCCAAAUAG